GCUGACGAAACAACACCAAACGAUACACAAAAGAGAAGAGGAUAACAUCGCCGCCGGCGCCGAUGGUUCCUCCGCCCGCCCCCGUGAUCCACCUUCCAAGACUCUCCAUCCCCGCCACCCCAUCCCGCCGCGUCUCGCUCCGCACCCCCGUAUCCGUCGCGGCGUCUUCGCCGAGGAGAAAAUGCCGCCUGCCCCAGCUCCGAUCGUCGCUGCCCCCCGAAGGAGUCCCGGCGGAACUGGUGGGGGAGGACUCUAAGUUCGUGCCGCUGAACGCCGAGGACCCCAUGUACGGACCGCCGGCAAUAUUGCUCAUUGGAUUUGAGAAAGGCGAGAUAGGGAAGAUUCAGGAGUUCCUGAAAGAGCUCGACGGUGAUUUUCUCAAGGUAAUUCAGUGCACAGAAGAAAUGACGAAACAAACUUUGUGGGAUGCCAUGCACACUGAGCAGCCUAAUGUAGAAGCUGUCAAGAUAUCACAAUCACCACAAAGAAUAUGCAUCUUUUCGGGUCUGACUGGUGAGGAGAUGAUGAUGUUCAUCGACGCCUUCCCAGAGUCAGGGUUGGAACAGGCCGCUUUCGCAGCACUUGUUCCCAACAGCGCGGAGAAAAUUCUUAGCGAGGUGAUCGAGGAAAUAACGGGCGACCACGAAAUGCUGAAGGGAACGAACUCGGCAUGAAGAUCUGAAGUAGGAGUAGCGAUUUGUCUGCAGAGGCAAAUUCAGGCAGCAUUGAACUGAUCCUCAAGUAAUUAUCUCCUGAAAUCGCCAGCUCCAAGUGAUCCAUCGGUUUUAAUUCUUGGACCAGGAGCUUCCAGCCUACUUAUCCACACACAACAUUAUUCCUUCUGAAUCGUCGUCGUUUCAAGUGUGACGCUACGGAUAAUCAUAAUAUCGAUUUUUUAAGUGCACAGUUGAGCAUCCUGGCAUGUGAGAUGUCUCUUUGAGGAGCCCUAUAUGGUAUUUUCUUCUUUCCAUAUUGCCAUAUUGGUUGUCAUAGAUUUAGAUGCAUCAGACACAUUGAGUAAUUAUAUUACUCCAAGUUAUGCCGCAA